AUGGUGGGCAACAGCGCGAUCAAAGGCUUCGCAAAGCCCAAGGACGCCAAGAACAGCAAGCAGCAAUCCGGAUAUGUGAUCGGCCUCAUUCUCAUCGCCUCCGGCUUCACCUUGACCGGGCUGACCUUUAUGGACCCCUUCUUCGGGCGUCCGCCGCCGGCCUGGCGGGUGAAUACGGAGACCGGCUACGCGGAGAUUGUCGCUUCCCCGCGGGAACUCUUCUACCACGACGUACCGGAGGAAGAGGCCGAGUACUGGGUCUCGCAGCUGACGAACCAGAGUCUGAAGGCACUGUUCGAAGGCGCUGAGUACACGUACGCAGGGUGGAAGGACGUGCCGUCGUGGUAUAUCGGGACUGUGGAGGAUCGGGGACUGCCGGUGCUGGCGCAGCGACUGUCCGUUGGGAUGGCUAGAGGAGUCGGUGCGAGUGUGGAGCAUCGAGAGCUGCAGACAAGUCAUUCACCUUUUCUGAGUAAACCGGAAUUGACGGUGGAGCUCAUUUUGGAAGCGGUUGAUGCUUUUACCCGUUCUUCCAGCGACAAGUCCAAGUCAGCCGUUGGGACGAACAAUGCGGUACUCGUCCCGGGUGCGAGACUGUUGAGCCCGCUCACUUGGUUCAGGUUUGGAUUGCCACUGGCCUUUGGGCGUGUAUUGGGCAAAUGCGUUCUUCUAUUUGGCUGGGGAAGGGGGCUGUGGAGAUCCUUGUUCCGUAGCACGUAG